UGUGUGUGUGUCCCCCUAUUGGCUCUGGUGAUGCUGACUCUCUUGAUAUUCGACGCCACAACGACAAAGAGCUGGCACUCUUCGGUCAACCACCCAACCGAUCUGACCUUUUACCCUACAUCACUUGCUCGCUUUUCAUAUAGUCAAAGUCAUCAACACCCCUCAGUUGUUGUUCUUUUACACGGUUGAAACAUGGAAGACUUGGUCAUGAUGAAGUCCGUCGGGGUCGGUAGCGCUGGAUCCACAAUGAUUAACAGCGUUAGAUCAUUACCGGACAAACCGCGUCGAACAGGUGAUAGAUUACUGGAUAUUCCGUGUAAAGUUUGCGGCGAUCGAAGUUCGGGCAAACAUUACGGUAUCUUCAGCUGCGAUGGUUGUUCGGGAUUUUUUAAGCGGAGUAUUCAUCGCGCAAGCGUCUAUACGUGCAAGGCCCAGGGCGAUUUGAAAAACUGCUGCCCAGUGGACAAGACGCACCGCAAUCAAUGCCGCGCUUGCCGUCUCCACAAAUGCUUCGCCGCCAACAUGAACAAAGAUGCAGUUCAACACGAACGGGGACCUCGCAAGCCGCGUUUGAAAGAUUCGCUCAUGGCCGCCGAACGUUCGAACGUUCACCACCCCUUUGGCGGGGUGGUGCCCAUAUCAGCAUCCAGUUGCUUGCCCAUGUCCAGCAACAACAACAACAUUCAACAACAGCAUCAAAUAACAGCUUCUUCUUCAUCAUCGAUGGUGACCAGCACGACCAGCAGCAACCCAAUCAAACUGUUGUCUGCCCAUCGCAAUAAUCCUAACGUGGACAUCAUGUCGUCUCCUACACCCGGUUGCUGUUCACCUUCUUCUUCCUCUUGUACACCUCCUCCUCCUCCUCCUCCGCCUCCAGCUAUGAAUCUAUCAUCAUCUUCAAGCACGACGUCGUCCAUCAUUUCAACUUCGUUCGCCCCGACUUCAUCGUAUUCAUUACAUCACCAUCACUUACCUUUGCUCCAGUUGCAUCCGCCUCCUCCGCCAUCUUCGACGCUUAAAGGAAAUCCUUCCACCGACGUUGGAAUCUUAUCCAGCAGUUGCCACGUUCCACCUUCUUCUUUGCCCAGUUCGUUCCUCCUCAACGCGGCUGUCCAGCAUUUACCGGCUCUUCAUCUGUGGCCGACGCUUCAUUUGCCGGACGUUGCCAAGAAUCACAUUAACGCUGAUGCGAUGCUGGGAUCGAGUCAUUUCGCACGGACUCCCCCUUUAUUCGAUUCGGCUAAUUUAAUGCUCCAUCCGGCCAUGAUGGCAUUAGGAAAUUCGUUUCCUUUCGGCAACAGCGCAACGUCACCGGGCUCUUACGAGCUGCUCCAAGAGACGUCGGCCAGAUUGCUGUUCAUGGCGGUGCGUUGGGUCCGCUGGCUGACGCCAUUUCAGACUCUGUCGCGAGCCGAUCAGCAGCUUUUGCUGCAGGAAUCGUGGAAGGAAUUGUUCCUAUUGUACUUGGCUCAAUGGUCGUCUCCGUGGGAUUUGGGAGCGCUUUUGACGCAGCGGCUGAUGAGUCGUCAACAACAGCACGGUGGAAUGCGGAUGAUGCAAGCCGACGAUCUCCUACUGGCGACGGAAAUCAAAACCAUUCACGAAUUGAUGACCAGAUACAGACAACUUUCCCCCGACGGAAGCGAAUGCGGUUGCCUCAAAGCUAUCGCCGUAUUCAGACCAGAAACGGCAGGAUUGUCUGAGGUCCGACCAGUCGAACUGAUGCAAGAUCAAGCCCAGUGCAUCUUGGCCGACUACGUCCGUCAUCGGUAUCCAAAACAGUUGACACGAUUUGGACGGUUGUUACUUCUGCUACCUUGUCUACGUCUAGUCCGUUCGUCCACUGUCGAGUUGCUCUUCUUCAAGGAUACACUGGGAGAAGUGGCCAUUAACCGCGUACUCGAUGACAUCUACUCGGGUGACCAGCACGGCCUCAACAACAACAACAGUGGAAAAUAACAUAUAUGUUUCCAAACUAAACACCAUAACGCAAUAUGACAUCAUCUAGUCUAUAGUUAUAACGUAAACAUCAUCAUUACAAACGGUAUCACUUGCGUUAUUUAUACUUUUAAAUUGUUGUAUGUGGGUGUGCCCCCUCCUCUCGCGUGUAAGCAAA